AUGGAAUGCUUAUACACCGACGGAGACGGCAAAGUUCCAAUUUCGGGUCGGGCGGAGAUGGUAGCAGGACAAUGGAUUGCCUUGAACGCUUCAGCAGGCAGAAUUCCCUCCACAACUGUAUUCGAGGAAGCUCUAACAGAUCGCGCGUUCCUUCCCCCCGAUUUAGCCGCUCGACCAGACGCUUGGACUUGGACCAAACGACCUACGUGGUAUGCAGACAGGUAUCAUUGGGAUGCAUGGAACGUCAUCGAUUAUUUCGCAGAGGAAAACGAAGCCGUACCUUGGUAUUUCGGAGAGGGCAGUACCCCAUGGACGGGCGACGACGGUAAAUUUCGUUUUGACCCCAUCCUACGUGCUAAAGCGGAAGAUUCACUGACGAAGUUAUGGCUUUGCAUCGAAUCUAUCACAUCGCAGCCGCCAUUUGUUUCCGGCACGCCUCACCCAACAAAAUUCAAUUAUCUACUGCUGUCCGCAGCUUGGGACUCAGCUCAGGGGGCUAGAUCGUUAGCUGAAGAUGCGCGGGGACGAGUUUUGGAAUACCUGGGUUUUAUCAACUGGUGGUCAUCUUCAGUAUCCGGAUGGGACGACGUCCUACAACGAUGGAUGGUCGAUUACAUUGGUGGUUUCAAACUACGCGAUCUCAAGAAAAGAGGAGUCUUCGUCGACCUGCCGAGGCGCUGGCAUGUUCUGAACAUAGGGCAUCUACUCGCAGAGAACGUUCCUGUCUAUUACUUCUGGCAGGAAGAUAACGACGACUACCCCUGCUUCGCGCGGCUGUCUCCAACUAUACUGCAAGCCUACCACGACGCCUGCGACACUCUGGACAGGUCGGAGGUCUCGGAGGGUGACAUGAUGGGCUUCCAAGACGACAUCGAUGCCAUCAAGCAAUACGAUGAGUUUUUUCAACUACGAAGAACGCCCGAUCACACCUCUUCCCCUUCUUUCUCCGACAUCCCUCCCAACGCGACAGUAUACAUUUGCGAUUUCGAGGGGUGGUCAGCGAGACUUGUGAUCGACGAUUCCCUGAUCGAGGAUUACGCGGGGAGGUAUCAUUUCUGCAUCGAGACGGAUGAGUCAGACAGCUACGUCACCAUCUGGCGCUGGAAACCACGGCGGCUAGAUAUGGGAGGAAGUCAGCGCGCAGGCUGCUGGGGCCCAGGAUCUACUACAGAGGCAUGUCGGGGAGAUCGAGAAAUCCGCGAGCUUUUCAAAGCAGUCCACGCUCCCAUUGGCAAAGCGCGUUUUGACGAGUGCGGUAGAAUCACCCUAGUCAGUCGCCUGGGGGAUGUCUACGAAGACAACGACAUAAGCUCCGUAGAAGCAGACGCGCUUGAUGGGACUCGUCUUCUCCCUCGCCCACAUUGGGUCCCAGCUUCCCACCCACCGCUCUUGGUGCCAACUCCGGCUUCCCCACUUAAUGUCGCUUCGAAAUGGAUACAAUCCAUGGUCGCCCCUUCUAGUCAUUCAGGCUCCAGGGCUUCUUCAGCAGCCAGACUCUCACAUAGUUCCGGCGAGCGAGAUCUUCGUACACGUUCUGCAUCUCCCGACCGCGGGCGGACUGCGUCUAGGGACCAAUUACCCGAAGGACGAGCAGCCUACAUCGACGACCUGCGCAGUUUGGGCAGUCAGUACGCAACGCCAGUCAGCGCGUGGGUUAGCAAGAAACCCCUGGAGUGGAAUGUCGACUACCUCGACAUCAGAUUCCUGCUGGUACCCGAUAAGAAAGCUCAGGCUUGUCUCCGUUACUGGGCGGCUUGUUCUCGCGACGUUUCCACAAUGGCGGAAGUGCUUCUCAAAGCUAUCACUCACGGAAUUCCCUUUAGCAUCGGCGUCAAAGUUGAAGAUUUUGGCAGGUUCAAACCCGAGGAAGUCUCCGACACAGACCGUGUAGUAGGGAAACCCACUUGCGUGAUGGAACCGCCGUUUGCCUACACCGCCCCGGGGGCUCUGAAGGCCUACUACAUGAGCCGCGUCAACGAUAUUAUCCGACGGCCUCACGCGAGGAUCUUGGUGGGACUAGGUGGCCCAGAAGCUUGGCUUGGCCGCAAAUGGGGCGGCCCAGAGCUAGUUGCUCAAUUUAUGGACGGACCAUCUCCGGACGUCUACUUACACAGGCGAGGCUAUAUCGACUCGGACGACGAAAACCCUAUGUUUCUUUACACUGAUGAAAUGAGUCCUCAGGAGAUUGAUGUCAUCUUCGGCUGCAUCCGCAGUGAUAUUGACAGAGACCGCUCCUUAUAUCCUUCGCGGGACAUCCUGGAUGACGGUUGUUUUUUCUGGACCGGAGAGUGGGACGAUCGCAUGGAAAAUAUGUUCGCCGACCUUACAAAGGAAAUCCUGCAGGGUUCCGCAAAGUUCAGAACCCCAGGAAUGUGGAAUGAUUAUUUCCGUCGUUUGAAUCGCAGUCACCGAGGUUCGAAGGAUCGCCUCAACCAGCUAGUUCCGGCAACGUUGAACAAGUUGUAUGCCAAACUGCUGGAUGGUUUUUCGUUGGACUGGCACAAGCGACGCUUGAUCGACAUCGAAUUGCCAGAGGAAUACCGACCUCGUCGGAUCGGAAAUAGGGGGGCUCUGUAA